AUGGAAUGUGUCAAUUGUGAAUGUACGGUCAAAACGAUGGACAAUUUGGAGAAUGCGAUUCAGCACUUGUUGCGAAAGGGUAAUUAUGUCAGUCGAAUGAUGAAGGAUGAGAAGUUGAUUCGUGAUGCCAAGAAGAUGGAAGAGGUCGAGCAGUUGAAGAAACAACUCCCCAAAGUCUCUGACCGAAAAGUGACGAUAUGCACUACUGGCAGCGUCACCAUGGACACCACAAUGACCAACUCUAAACCAGGACGUCGUAUUUACAAUAAGAAACUUGGAGUCGCUGAAUCGAUUGAUUUUGAUGUUCCGUCGUUGCCAUCGGAGAUGUCGGAAACUCUUCUGGAGACCUCCAACUGUGCGUACUCUUCUGCUUCUCUUCCACCGAAAGGGGCCAGUUCGACGUGCACUAAAUCGGAGGUCACUACGAUUACCACUGAAAUGACUCAAUCGACUUUCACAAAAGCGAAGAAGAAGAAGAACGGAGGUGGUGCAGUUGUCUUGGAUAGUCAGUACAAGGUUGAUAAGGAUGGAAAUGUGGAGGCGUUGCCAAUGAAGAUCUAUAUCAAACAACGUGCCGAGGACAACUCUCUGGAUCUUUAUCUCGUUUUCUUUGAUGAGAAAAAUGAGAAAGUGAUGGAUGUGUCUAUGAUUUGGCAUGAAAAGAAUAUUCGAGAUGUGCAAUUCUGUGGGAAAGAAGCGAAACUUAUUGGGUAG